CUGUAUAUUUGAAGUGUUGGAUCACGUGACAAAGGCAGGGUUUGUGAAUCAAAGUACACAAUGAUUUCAGGAGGAGAGAGAGAGAAAGAGGGUGUAUGUUAGUGAGAGAGAGAGAGACGGGAAAAGGAGAGGGAGGCGGAAUGCAACAGGCUGAGCUCUAUCGUCGCUGCGAGAGGGACUUCUGACUGACAAACACAACUACUACUCUCCUUCUCAGCUCCUUUCUCCUCUGACUUACCCUCGCUAACCACCAGACUGUGCUGCGUUCACAUCCCGGGUCUGAGUCUGGACCUGGUCAGGUCUUGGUCACUUGGCUCCUGGGUCUCACUCUCCGGCUCUUCCUCUCUCGUCUGCGUCCCUCUGCACCUCUCUGUGGCCUGACGGCAGUGGAGCCAGCAGCUGGGAGGGGCUGAAUGGCACCGGCCCAUUUCAAACUCAACAUAGGCCCCUGACGAGACAUACAGGAAGAGAGAACAGCGAGACAGUCAGAGAGAAGUCACCUGAACCAUCACCGGGCGCUUUUCACCAUGGCAACCAACAGGGAGCACCAAGUGCGUCACAUGACUGGCUUCCCCCGUGCUAUGUACCCGUUCACCUUUAACUCCAUGAGGAGCCACUCCCCCUUUGACCUGCUGGCCAGUAGCCACCUCUUUGGCCGGUUUGGGGCAGACCUUCCCAAAGAGAUGGCUGCAUUGUCGGUGGAGACCCAGAGCACCAGUUCAGAAGAGAUGGUGCCUAGCUCUCCUUCUCCUCCUCCUCCUCCUCGGGUCUACAAACCAUGCUUUGUGUGCCAGGACAAGUCAUCUGGUUAUCACUAUGGAGUGAGCUCCUGUGAGGGCUGCAAGGGUUUCUUCAGGCGCAGUAUCCAGAAGAACAUGGUGUAUACUUGCCAUAGAGACAAGAACUGUCAGAUCAAUAAAGUGACCCGCAACCGCUGCCAGUACUGUCGGCUGCAGAAGUGCUUUGAGGUUGGCAUGUCCAAAGAGGCGGUGCGUAAUGACAGGAACAAAAAGAAGAAGGAUGUCAAGGAGGAGGUGGUGCUGCCAGAGAACUACGAGCUGAGUGGAGAGUUGGAGGAGCUGGUUAACAAAGUCAGCAAAGCUCACCAGGAGACUUUUCCGUCUCUGUGCCAGCUAGGAAAAUACACCACAAAUUCAAGCGCUGACCACAGAGUGCAGCUGGACUUGGGCCUGUGGGAUAAGUUCAGUGAGCUCUCCACUAAGUGCAUUAUAAAGAUUGUGGAGUUUGCCAAGCGGCUACCAGGCUUCACUUCGCUCACCAUCGCUGACCAGAUCACCCUCCUCAAAUCUGCAUGUCUGGACAUCCUGAUGCUGAGGAUAUGCACACGUUACACACCAGAGCAGGACACGAUGACCUUCUCAGAUGGUCUGACUCUCAACAGGACACAGAUGCAUAACGCUGGCUUCGGUCCACUCACAGACCUAGUGUUUGCCUUCGCUGGUCAGCUGCUGCCUUUGGAGAUGGACGACACAGAGACGGGGCUGCUCAGUGCCAUCUGCCUGAUCUGUGGUGACCGUAUGGACCUGGAAGAGCCAGAGAAGGUAGACAAGCUGCAGGAGCCGCUGCUAGAGGCUCUGAAGAUCUAUACCCGUCGCAGACGCCCAAACAAGCCUCAUAUGUUUCCGCGCAUGCUGAUGAAAGUUACAGACCUCCGGGGAAUCAGCACCAAAGGUGCAGAAAGGGCCAUCACACUGAAGACGGAGAUCCCAGGGCCCAUGCCUCCACUGAUCAGGGAGAUGCUGGAGAACCCCGAUGCCUUCGAGGACAGCAGUGAUUCGGGGGACAGCGCUGCCGCCGCUCCCCCUGCCAUCCAAGCCAUCAAGCAAGAGGAGAAGGCCACGUAUGAGUCAACUGUCGAGGAGGAAGAGGAGGAGGAAGAGGACGACUACUGGGAUGAGGAGAAAGAGCGAGGGGCGGACAGUGACGGGGAGCUGUGGGGGGAGGCAGCAGCUGCAGUGGUGGCGGCGGGUGUGCAAAAGAAAGGCGUAACUGGGAAAACACAGUGAGAAAGACACGAUGAUGCUGCUUCCUCCUCCAGAUCACUGAGCCCUUGCCCAGCAAUAUCUCCAAGAAAACCUCACAGAAUUAGGCUCUUAUACAUUUUGCAGACAGCACAUAUUUACAUAUACUGUACAAAUACUGGAUUGAAAUUAAAAUGUGUUCAGUUCAGUGUAAGAAACCAGGAAUGGGAGAAGCAAAAGCACUAAAUGUCAGUGGGUUGAGGAGAGCACCAUUUAAAAUCACUGUGCCAAAAUGAAACUGUCUAAAAGAUAUUUCAAAAGUGUUUCGUCCACACAGAGAGGAACAAAAGGUGGUGGACAGAAGAAAAUGCACUCCUCCGCUAAAUAUAAGGGCUAUGCUUUGUAUAAAAUUGAUGGUAAAAAUACAUUGUAACAACAGAACUCUACAUGGUGUCCAUUUGCCGUGAAAUUCCUUUUAUUACCAUUCAGAGAUAUGCUACUUAUUUUUUUAUUGUAUGGUUUUCCUAAGCAUGUACACAUUUCUGUUCUGUUUGUAUACCUGUUUGUAGGACUCUUUUUUUGUAUAUAUUUUCACUCGGUCUUUCUCAUAUUUGACUGGACAUCUGUGUUUUUUUUUUUUUUAAGCUUGUCUUUAAUUGUAUGCAUUUCAGCUUUAUUGAACACAGUAAAAAGCAAUAGCAAAGAUAGGAAAGAGCAGUAGCAAAGCAAGAGCAGGUCAUGAGCAGGACUCAAACUCACAAUGCAACAAGCAUAUAGUAUGUAAGUUAGCCUUCUAAUCCCUGAGAAUCUCUGAUGGCUAUAACAUAUGAGAGAAAAUAUAAAUGUAAUUUCAACUCUGGUGCUUUUGAUCCAAAUAAGAUUCUGACGAAGAAUGCAAAACAAAUACAGCAACACAUUACCACCCCUCAACAAAAAUAAGCAAUUGCAUAAUCAAAUACUUAAACUAGAGAAUCCAAGGGGUACAUUUAACAUCAACACAUAAUCUCAGGUUGAUUCUGUCAGGACCAUGUUUCACCUGUCAAUGUAACUUCCAUAUCUUCAACAAAAAAUCUUUAUACAUCUUAGAGUAAGAAUGAUUAAAAAUUAAAGAUGUUGACUCUUGUGUACUCACCCCUUUGUAUAGCAACCAGGUACAGGUAAGCCAUAAGAUUUUCAUUUUGCAAGAGAUAACAAAAAAAACAAAAAAAACAUCCAAACAUAACCAUUAAAAGUAGUUUACGUCACAGAAAACCUCAGGUGUGUGUGCAUGUGUGUGCAUGAGCGUUAACUGAGAGCAUUUAACAAUACACAGAAUGAUGUUGUACAGAUGUGAUGUUAUUGUCAUUAUUAUUGCCAUAAUCCACAGUGAGCAUUUAUGCAAAAGUAAUUUUAAAAGUAUCUUAAAAAUGCUCACAAAAUGGGUUUGUAGCAAACAAACAAAAUGCUUUUAAAGGAUGUAAAAGAAAUCUCUAACCCAAAGACUUCUGGUGGACAGUAGGACAUUGAUGCAAGCUGAUCGACAAAAAAAUCACAGAAAUAGCAAUAGAUAUUGCACUUCACGUCUUUGAGGUCGCAACCGUCCAAAAUAAUCAACAAAACAAAUGAUUUACAUUGGAUGACUUGUCUGUCAAAGCAUAGGACGAUAGUUUUAAAUGAUGUGUGUUCAUGUGUGUCGUAUCUAAUGAGUGAUGCAAAAACAUGCAUUUUGUAAAAUAAAUACAUAUAAUUUGUUUUUCAUUGAGAGUAUACAACGUUUUUAUGCAAGAUGUCUAAAAUUGUCAUUAUAUGUGUAAUGAAAGACCAAUGCGAGUCUUACUGAAUUCCUUAGCAGUUUUAAGGGAGAAGAUUCUCCAUCAGCAUUUUGUCCUUCAUGGUAUCAAAUAUUGCAACAGUGCAACUGUCGAUGUUGCUGAUGUAGUUUGUCGAUAUGAGGGAAAAGGAGUUUCAAAGAUGAAGCUGUCUGAAAAAAAUGUAUGUUUCUGAUUAUGAUACAUGGAGACAUUUACUCCUUUAAUGAAGCAGAGAAAGACUAGAUGUAGAGAAUAUGUAUCCGGCAGUAAAACAGCUCCCUUGUGGUUUUUGAAAUUGGUCUUUAGCACCAGAUGUAAAGCCAUCACGGACACAGACGUUGAUUCAAGUAUUAAGUAAUCAACACUGAUGCCAUUUUUUUAGACUCUUGAAUUGUGGUUUUUGCUAUUGUAUUAUAGAGACAUCACAACCAUGUGACUGAGGUAAUUCUGUUUCUCUUCCUAUGACACACAGACACACACAGUCGAUACUUUGCACAUCAUCAACCAAUUCUAUGUACUAUGUUAUUUAGUAUUUAAAGAUGUUUCUACAUCACAUAACCAUGAUAUUUCAUAAUGAAUUGUUUUUGUUAUUUCUUUAACCUGUUUCUUUUCUCGAAUUUGAGCUAGUGCAAUAAAUAAGCCUUGAAAGAGGCCACAAAGGCCUAAGCUCUAUACAAAAAGCAUGUGAGUAAAUAAAGAAAAAAAAGACCAAAGAUAGAUAUUAGAUAGAUAUUUGGACAAAAACAAAAUAACAGUAAUUUUUAAAAAAGCUAUUAGGGUCAUUGAUGUGAUAUAUAUAUCCACUUUGAAUUGUGUGAUGGAAGAGAUAGAUUUCAUUUUCGUCUUACUUUUGAAGCUGGAACCAUUUUAUCUCUAUUUUAUACGCUCUAUUGUUGUUGUUGUUUUUAAAGUGAUGUCUUUUUAUAAACACAGACUCUGUAGUGUGCAAAUAACUUGUCUUCAUGUUCAGGGAUUCAGGCACUUCAUGAGUUCUGUUUGAAUUUGACUUGUACUGAAAUAAAUAGCUCUGAUACACACACACACACACACACACACACACGCACACAAAGAUUAGGCUGAUCUGUUCUUGUUUUACAUUUUUAUGAAAAGUUAAAACUUUCUUGCUAAUUAUUUGCUUAUUGUUUGCUCACUUGUUAUUUGUUGUUGUCUUUCUUGUAUUUUUAUAAAGGCGCUUUUCGUUCUCA